AUGAAAAGCUUGGGGAAAGUUUCAAGAAAGCUAAAACCAGUGUUAAUUGCAAAGGUGGAUUGUGAUGACCAUAAGCUUGUCUGCUGUAAAUAUGGUGUUAGUCGAUAUCCAACCAUUCAAUGGUUUCCUAAAGGAUCACUUGAACCCGUAAAGUAUGAGGGUCCACGCAAUGCCGAAGCAUUGGCUGGAUAUGUGACCAAGGAGGUAGUUUUGUUGCUGAUAGUACCGAAUACAAGAUCUCAUUUUUUAUCGUAA